AUGGGCAAGACGCACCAACACAAUGCCACCGCUGGCGAGUCCAGCCCCAGCGGCAGCAAUGACCUCGUCGAGAAGCUCGAGCACAUGGAGCCCGGAUAUGGCAACGACCGGGACCUCGCGGUGCAGAACGACAUCAAGGCAGCCGACAGUCCCGAUGUCCAUGAGCACGUGCGUACCGCAGAGACGAUGGACAUGUGUGCGCCGCUGACAACUUCUCUCAGAUGAACGUGAAUCUCUUCUUCUCCCUCCUGGCCAUGUGCUUUCUCUGGGUCGGCUCGCAGAUUCCCCUCUAUCUCUAUGGAAGUGUGCUGCCAGACAUGUACAGUGAGAUUGGCGGAGCCAAUGGUCGCUACCUCUGGAUUGUCAUCGGUUACCUGAUUCCAGUCUCCGCGCUGUGUCCGUUUGUUGGCGCCCUGUCCGAUCUGCUCGGGCGGAAGAAGGUCGCAGCAGUCGGCCAAGUACUCCUCAUUAUUGGCCCAAUCGUCGUCUCAACCGCGAAACACAUCAACACGGCCAUUGGCGGAAUGGUCAUAUCAGGUCUCGGGGCUGGUCUGAACGAGUUGAUCGCUCUGUCAGGGACUUCAGAGAUGGUUCCCGUGCGAAAGCGAGCAGGAUACGUGGGAGCCGUCGUCUUCUCCAUCCUGCCGUUCUGCCCGUCUCCUCUCUGGGCUCAGCUCAUCGCUCGCGACUCCAACUGGCGCUAUGUCGGUGCCCUGGUCGGUGCUUGGAACGCAGUGGGAUUGAUCCUGCUGCUCAUCUUCUACAAGGACCCGGCCCGCGUGCGACCCGCUGCAAAGGAGGUCUUGAAGAAAGUUGACUAUCUCGGGGGCAUUCUGAGCACGGCUGGUAUCACCCUCUUCAUGAUGGGGCUGCAGUGGGGUGCGCGACAGGUAUGUUUGAAUUCCGUGGUGUGGCAAGAGCACUGCUAAUGGCUCUCUCAGUACGUCUGGAGCAGCGUUCACGUUCUCGUCCCCUUUAUCAUCGGUGUCAUCCUCAUCAUCGCCUUCUUCAUCUGGGAGCUCUUCAUCGCCAAGUACCCCAUGGUGCCCAAGGAGGUCUUCUCAAAGGACAAGCGGACCAUGGUCCUGAUCUUGCUCAUCACCUUCUUCAGCGGUGGCAACUUCUUCGUGAUGCUGCUCUUCUGGCCCACGCAGGUCUACAAUAUGUACGGAAACGACCCCGUCCAGAUCGGAAUCCGGACACUGCCGAUUGGGUUCGGCAUCAUUUUUGGUGCCGUCCUCGCGCUGGUUCUGAUUGGCGUAACCAAGGGUCGUACCACCAUGCUCAUGAUAUUCUGGACUUGCUUCAUGACCGCUUUUGUGGGUGCCAUGUCCGUCGCGAAGACCAACAACCUGAACCCGGUCGUCUACCCGAUCUUGACUCUGGCUUCCAUUGGUGUGGGAGCUGUGAUCAUCCCGUGCUCCAUCAUCGCCCAGAUCGCAUGUCCGACAGAACUCAUUGGCACCAUCACCGCCAUCACGCUCUCGAUUCGAUACAUUGGUGGUGCCGUCGGCUUCACUGUCUACUACAACGUCUUCUUCCACGAGUACCUGGGGCUCGCCAACAUCAUUGCCGCGCCUCAGAUCACUGAAGCAGGCAUCACGGACGACUACUUCGAGCUCGUCCAUCUGAUCACAUUGGCCUCGACCGCUCAGUAUCAGAGGUUACACGAGAUCAUCGCCACGAGUCCAUCGGUCAUGAACAAGGCCGAGGCGUACAACAUCAUUAUUGCAGGUGUACAAGAUGCAUUCGCGGUGGCGUACAGAUGGCCGUACUGGAUCAGUAUCGCAUUCGGGGGUGUCUGCAUCCUCUGCUCGCUGGGACUGAGGGAUGUGCGGAAAUUCAUGCAAGAAAUGGAGCAGUAA